GUUGUUCUGUCUCCGCCUUAUACAAAAUGCCGACCCUUCCGCACGCCUCGUUCCCGCUGGACCAUGCCCCGAAGGGCACAGUUCUGAUUCCGGACGAGGAGUUGGACACUCGGAGCGAUGAGGAAAUCACCAGCAUGCUGCAGUCAUCCGCAAUGCCCCCUUGCGAUGAGCGGAACUUGUGGGCAUACUGGGAUACAGGCUUCAAUGCCAUGCCCCCUUGGACAAAGAGGAACGUAAUUCACUGGGCGCGAGUCUUGGGGCCCUCGUGGACAAUCCGCGUACUAGACAACGUGCCCGGGUCGUCGCACAAUGCGAGCCAUUUUGUGCCAUCUCAGUUGCUGCCGCCAGCGAUGAGAGCGAGAGCCAUGGAGGGUCCCUACUCCGCCACCCACUCGGCCGAUUUCAUUCGUCUCCCGCUCCUCUUCCUGUACGGAGGAUGCUGGCUGGAUGUGGGGGCAAUUCUUGUGCGGUCCCUGGACGGUAUUUGGUCUCGGCUCGAAGAUUCGACUCAACCCUACGAGUUUGCGGCUUUUACCUACGAGACGCGCCCUGGCGAGACUUCAAUUAUCAAUACCUGGAUGAUGGCUCGCAAGGACAAUGAGUUGGUUCGCCGUUGGCACCAAACGUUUCUGCAUGUCUGGGGCGAAGCUACCCACUGCGAGGGUCUGUCGAAGCAUCCUCUUCUUCGUCAUCUCAAGCCCUACGGGGCUCCUACCGACGCGAAAAUAAUGAACGAAAACCACGAAGCCGUGACCAAGUCCCGCGCUAUCAUGGAUUAUGGGGCCCAAGUGCACUGUCUGGAGCGCCUGCGGGACCUCGUGGACGCCGAUGACGGAUGGGACGGUCGUGCGUGUAUCGAAAAGACAACAUUCCUUCUCCCCGCACUCAAGGAGAUGUGGUACUACCAGGAGCGAACAGACUUUCUUGGCUCCCGCCAGUUUGAGCUGCUGACGACGUCGUACGAUGCACCGGAGCAACAAAGGUCCGAGGCCCAGACCUUCGUCGACGACAUGCUCGCGAAUACGACGAUAAUGAAAUUCUGCCACGGCCUCAAGGACGCUAUGGCAUCCAGUCUGGCCGACCUGUGGGACGACCCGGCUAACUCAGAAGCCGACAACGCCCCUGGGACUUUUGCCGAGUACCUACGAUGGGGAACCAUGCAUCUGCGUCAGACAAGGGAGCUGGUGCCUGAGGAAUUGACUCCUGCGAGCAACGAGCCAAAGAGGGCUACAAUGUUUGAACCUUUCCCUAUGUAG